GAGGAGGAUUGCAGGCAGUGCGUGUACUUUAUACUCGGCAGGAGAUGGAUGGGGAGCCGAGCUGCAGCCUGGGCACUGUGGUGUGUGUUAUCACAGGAGCCUCCCGGGGGCUUGGCAGGAGCCUGGCAUGGGAGCUGUGCCCCAGAGUGAUGCCAGGCUCUGCCCUACUGCUGGUGGCCCGCACAGAGCAGGCGCUGCGCGUGUUGGCGGAGGAGCUGACACUCCAGUACCCAGAGAUCAGAGUGAGAUGGGUGGCAGCAGAUCUGGGCACAGAGGACGGGGUGAGGAGGGCGGUGCAAGGCGCGCAGGAGCUGAACGGAGGGGACACGGCACAAAGGGUCCUCAUUAUCAACAAUGCAGGGUCUCUGGGCGAUAUCGACAAAUCAUUUGUGGACUUUACAGACCCUCUGGAGAUGGACAGAUAUUUCUCCUUCAACGUGUCAUCAGCGCUGUGCCUGACCUCGUCCCUGCUGAAGGUUUUCCAAGGACGUCCGGGGCUUCAGCGGCAUGUGGUCAAUGUCUCUUCUCUGGCUGCCAUUCAACCGUUCAAGUCUUGGACGCUGUACUGCGCCGGGAAGGCGGCUCGGGAGAUGAUGUUCAGAGUGCUGGCCGAGGAGGAGACGGACAUCCGCGUACUCAGCUACUCACCAGGGCCCUUGGAUAACGACAUGCAGGAGGAAGUACGGACCAAGACGAAGGAUCCGGAAUUGCGUCUUCAGUUCGCUAACAUGAAGAAAAGCGGCAAACUCAUCGACUGUCGCGUGUCUGCGCGCAAGAUGCUGGACGUCCUCCAGGCAGACGCCUACAAAUCUGGCGACCACGUGGACUUUUAUGAUUAACAUUAGCC